UGAUCUCCAUGGUAACGUGUGCUAAGUUGCAGCAGUCGUGUCAAAGUUCACUAUAUAGAGAGCUCAGUGAGCUGAUCAGAGAGAAAGCAUUCUGCCAGCCCGGCUCCUACCAAUCGCAAAUCACUUCCUAACCUCCGCCUUUUUAACAUAUUUGAUCACUUUGAUUCUCCGCUGCUUUUUCCUAUUAUUUUUCAGCGCACGGAGGAGGUUUUUGUAGGUUGUGAUCUUUGUUUUUUCGGUUUUUUGUUGUACUGCUUUUUCUUUUUGGAGGAGGAAGAGAGUUGUCUUCAUAUUCCAAGCUCUCAAAACACUGAGCCUCAGCUGCGCGCUUGCUUGGCGCAACCUCACAAGGAGAAACGGGAAGAAGACGCUGCUUAUUUCCUAUUAUUGUCAUUUAGCUGGUUUUCUUCAAGACUUGUGCUGGAACUUGAUAGUAGAGCUGCUACAGUGUGCUUCUGUAUGCUGCUGUUGGGAGCCUGCUCCAUCAUUCCCAGAACAGUCCCAUGCUACCUCGGUUGGUUCUUUUUGACAUAUUCAGCCUACCUUUUCUCCCAUUGAUGGGUGUGCUGGAUGGCUGACUGUAAGCGCCCCUGGACUUGGCCUUUAAGCGCAAGGCAGCCGCUCAGCUCGCCGUCGCAUCAGUUUUGAAAGCGUGCCUCCCCGGGCGUCUCCAACAGCAGUUAAAACCGUCAGUUUUCGUGAGAUCCGGAGUGGAUCCAAACGCCAGGCUGUUACAGUCCCCCGAGUUUUUUUUCUUCCUUGAGACAUUCUCUACCGCGGGCAGCAAACACGGCAGACAAAAAGUUUCUCUCCGUUGACUGAUAGAUAUGGCAAUGGUAGCGUGGAGAGGCUCCCAGGACGAUGUGGCUGACACCCAAGGCGCCCUUUCCUCGCAGACCCAAGGAGGACUAUCCCUUCCCACCCCUCAGCCGGGCCAGCUUAAUCUGACAGCCUCCCAGAUCGCCCCGCCGACCCCUCAGACUCCGGUGCAGGGACCCCCGAACAACACGCAGUCCACGCCGUCGAACCAGACGUCGCAGCAGCAGUCGGAGAAGCAGCCGCAGCACAUCGAGUGUGUGGUAUGCGGGGACAAAUCUAGUGGCAAGCACUACGGCCAGUUCACCUGCGAGGGCUGCAAGAGCUUCUUCAAGCGGAGCGUACGGCGGAACCUCACCUACACAUGCCGUGCCAACAGGAAUUGUCCGAUCGACCAGCACCACCGCAAUCAGUGUCAGUACUGCCGCCUCAAAAAAUGCCUUAAAGUCGGCAUGAGACGGGAAGUUUCUCUUUUUACUGCAGCCGUGCAAAGGGGACGGGUGCCACCCACACAGCCACACCACGGUCAGUUCGCCUUGACAAAUGGAGACCCACUCCACUGCCAUUCCUACUUAUCCGGAUAUAUCUCUCUUCUGCUGAGAGCGGAGCCCUACCCGACGUCCCGCUAUGGCAGCCAGUGCAUGCAGCCCAACAACAUCAUGGGCAUCGAGAACAUUUGCGAGCUGGCGGCCAGGAUGCUCUUCAGCGCCGUGGAGUGGGCCAGGAAUAUUCCCUUCUUCCCGGACCUGCAGAUCACAGACCAGGUGGCUCUGCUGAGGUUGACGUGGAGUGAGUUAUUCGUGCUCAACGCGGCGCAGUGCUCCAUGCCCCUGCAUGUGGCUCCUCUCCUGGCGGCGGCUGGCCUCCACGCCUCCCCCAUGUCCGCGGACAGAGUGGUGGCCUUUAUGGACCACAUUAGGAUCUUCCAGGAGCAAGUGGAGAAGCUUAAAGCGUUGCACGUUGACUCUGCUGAGUAUAGCUGCUUAAAGGCCAUUGUGCUCUUCACCACAGAUGCUUGUGGCCUCUCAGAUGUGGCCCAUGUGGAAAGUUUGCAGGAGAAGUCCCAGUGCGCCCUGGAGGAAUAUGUCCGGAGCCAGUAUCCUAACCAGCCAACACGGUUUGGGAAGUUGUUACUCCGCUUGCCUUCCCUCCGCACAGUCUCUUCCUCGGUCAUAGAACAGUUAUUUUUCGUCCGAUUGGUAGGUAAAACCCCCAUUGAAACUCUCAUCAGGGAUAUGUUGCUGUCGGGGAGCAGUUUUAACUGGCCUUACAUGUCAAUUCAGUAAAAACCAAGAAGGAGACGAACUUGAACAAAAAAAUGGUGGGGAGCUUUGAAGGUGUGUGUGUGUGUGUUGGGGGGGGGGGGGGGGGGGGUACAUUGAUUAUAGCUGCUUUUGUGGAAGGAUUUAAAAAAAAAAACGGCUGUUACACGGGGCUGCUUUCAUGAAGAAAGACAUAAAUGACUGUGAAUUCAACCCCCCUCUACUCUGAGAGAAAAAAGAAAAAUUAAGACAUCCUGCUGAACUUUCAAAAUACAAGCUCCCACAGUGUUCAGCAAGAACAACAUGCUCCUAUUCAUUUUUUUUAAUGAAAGAAGAAAAUGAGGAAAAAAAAGAAGGGAUUUUUUUUUUGUUGAUCCUUAUGAGGAAAUUUUAAGUAUUAAGUGCAUUUAAAAUGGAAAAAAAAUUGGGUUAAAAAAAGAAAAAAGUUAAGAAAGGGGAAAAAAGUUUCAUUUUCUGAAAUGACUUGUCCUGUGUCCAUGUAUAGCUGUGUUUUUGUACAUUCUUUGUUCCUCCUUUCUGGUUACAAACCGGCCUAUGUGAUUUCUGUAGUUCGGGUGGUGUUAUUUUUUAAGACAAUGAUUUAUUUUAAAAAUGGUGAAAUAAUGUAAAGAAAGAAAUAAAAAAAAACAAAAGGUUCUAAACAGAAUUAAAACCACAGCAAUAGGAGAAUAGGCUUAAUGCUGCAAGCGCACUUAUACACUUAGGAUGACCAAUACCAUCUGGGGCAAAACUAGGGAGGUGUUGAACUUUAUGACCCAUUUUUUUAUGUUGUGCUAUUAAGAAGUUACAGGAUCUGUUUUCAUUUUUUUUCUUACUAAAGAAAUUUUAAAUCCACUUGCAUCAAUCACCCCCCCACCCCCCACCCCCCAACCAUCCAGCGGCAAAAUAUCUGGCAUAACUUCUUCAAAUUGGACACAACUAAAAGGACAUUUUGAAAAUUUAUUUCAUUUGUUAUUUUUACAAGUCUCCACAGCCUGCUGCUAUAAAGGUACACCAAGAGCAUUGGAGAGCAACAGAAACCAUAACUGAGCUUUUCUUAAAAUGAGAAGUUGGAGAGAUCAAGGGGUCAUAAAAGUUUUGAAGCGGGGCCAGAGUGGUGUUUAAUAGGAGAAUUAUUAAAGCCUCCCUGAAAUGUCACCCUUUAUUCACUUCAAGCAUUAAGUGCCUGAGAAGCAUGAUGGGAUUUCUUAUCAAAACCUUGUUAAAAGUAGGCCUACACAACUACAUUUUUAUUUUGUUCAGGGGGUGGGAACAGAGGGCCAGAAGAAAAUUAGAUUUCAGUCUUAUGUUUCACUUGCAAAACACUGAUUUAGAGGCAGUAUUCUUGUAAAUAUAGGUCAGUUCAUUUCAACGAGUUUGUUCCUUUAUACAAAGUAUAUGUGAUUAAGAAAAAAAAUCUGUGGUUGCCAUUUUUUUUUCUUUCUCGGUAAUACAAACGUCUUCAGAAUUGAGUGGCAGGUUUUAGCUGGUAGCACUGAAAGUUCUGUUUUUAAUGUAUAUACAUAUUACUGCGAAAAUGUUUUCUUUUUCAUGUAUAUUUAGACUGUGAAUGCAUGGCCACAGGUCGCUUACCUAUUUUACCUUUGAUAUAUAAAUGUAAAUGUUUUCUCUAUCUCUCUCUCUCUUAUUCUCUCUCUUUCUUUUUUGACUGUAUAGAUAUAAUCUGUGCAUUCAGUACACACUAGCCCUUGUAUUUAAAGAGACAAAAAAGAGUGUAGAAAAAAUGGAAAAGGACGUUCAUUAUUAGGCUACAGACGCAAAACAGGGAGAGCAGAUUUGGGUUUUUAUUUUUUUAUUUAAUUUUUUUUCUGGAAAAAGAAAAGGGGAGCAAAUAUUUUAACUUUACUGUUAUUGCUCCUUUGCUCUUUGACAGGUGCCGUGCUGUGUGUGUGUGUGUGUGUGUGUGUGUGUGUGUGUGUGUGUGUGUGUGUGUGUGUGAGAGAGAGAGAGAGAGGGAGAAUGUGUGCACGUACAUGUGUGCGUGUCUGGAAGCUGCGUUUUGUCCUUGUUUAGAAACUUUUCUUUAACACACACAGACACACACACACACAGAAAAAUAAAAAAAAACACACCAUGUUGAGGUUGAACUGAAAGGGAUUGAACACUGAUGUUUGGCUGUUCGUGGCCACAUAUGGACCAGAGAAUGAUACAUGAUUGUAAUUAUGAACAGUUUAAACUGACCCACGUUUUUAUAUAAAUAUAUAAAAAUAUAUGACUGCAGGGUAUUGAUAACGUAUAGAUACUUUUUUUAAAUGAUUACCAUUAUUAUUAUUAUUAUUAAUUGCAAGUGAUAUAUGUGAGUGUGCGUGAAAGUUUAUAGUUGAACACAAUUCUUGUUUGUUUGUGUUAGCUUAUUGUAAACAAGCAUUCUGCUGUACAUUUGUUCUUGGUAUUAAAUUAUAAUUUAUGAAUUUGAAAA